AUGGGGCCAGGCCUAGGACAGCGGCUUGGCACCUCCAACACAUCCUCCAGUUUCCUCUUCUGCUAUUCCCAGUCCGGCUGCUCACCCGGACUCUUGCUCCCCAGUGCCCCUGGCUCGCCUUCAUCAUUCAGGACACUGGGACUCCCGAGAAAGGGGCACAGCCCUGGUCGCCCGCGUCUUCGCGGCUCCGUUCCGGGCAUCCGCGCGGCCUUCGAGGCCCUCCUGGUCCUCGCCCUGGAGGACUUCAGGUGCCCGGUCUCGGGCCACGCCAGCCGCCUGUGGGAGCAGCUGCGACAGUUCUGGGCCGACCACUUCUCGCGGCGCUUCUCGCCUCGCCGCCCGCCGCUGCGCCGCAUCUCCUCCAUGUCCACCUUCUACCUGCUGGACCACCGCACGCGCCAGGCCGAGCUGGGCCUCAGCUACGGCGCGCCGCGCACGCGCCUCAGCGACGAGGCCUUCGUGUUCCGCGGCGGCCGGUGGAAGGCCGAGGGCCCGCCCGGUCGGCCGUCGCUGCCCUCGCCGACCAUCACGGGCUGGAAGGCGCAGGUGCAGCGGGUCAAGGGCCAGGUGCUGCUGGAGGAGAACAACUACCUGAAGCUGCAGCAGGAGCUGCUCAUGGACAUGCUGACGGAGACCACGGCGCGCAUGCACCUGCUGGAGAAGAAGCUGGACGCCGAAGCCAGCCCGGCGGCCGCGGCGCGCGCCUGGCAGAGAAAGAUGCGCAGGCGCGAAGGCGCGGGCGGCGCGCUCAUGUUCGAGCCGCGCGCUCUGCAGUCGCGGUGA